UUUUGAGAGUUGUUUUCUACCUAGGUUAAUUGUCUUCAUCAAUCCAUUCAUUAGUUUCCUAGGUUUGGAAAGUUUUACUUCUCAUUAAAAAAAAAAACUCGAAUAAUGGUGAUUUCUCAGGUAAGAGGUGGAAACAAGAUUUCUCAAGUCAAAGACAUAGCAUAAUUAUGUUCUGAAGACUGUAGUGGAAAAUCAUAAAUUCAUAGGUAUACAUGUCAUUGGAGAUUUCUGUGAUUUGGACAACCUUGAAUAACCUAUCAAAUUUGACACUUUCCAACAACACUCGAUUGAUUUUUCAAAAUUCGCAGUAAAACUCAAAAAUGGAGUAUCAUUCCAACUGUCCCAAACUACCUUGGAUGAUAGACUUUCAUCGUAACGAACAAAAAGAGGUUCUCAACAAUCAAUAUGGAGCUGCUUUUGCUGAGACCACCCUAGAAUACCUCAGCAGUCUCAAUAUCAAAUCUCAACCAUCGAUAUUCAGGUCAACCCAGGUGUUAUGCACAAUUUCAUCAUAUACCAGUUGCAAUUCCAUUGACGAUUUAUUGUCAGAAGGUAUGAGAGUGGCGAAGAUCGUGAACACGAAUAUCGAGAAGAUUAAGGAAGUUUUGUCCAAGAUAAGAGUUCUGAAUAGCAAUUAUAGUAAAAAGAUUGGACGACUGAAUCCUUUGGCGAUAGCACUAGAAGUUCAUGGACCUGAAAUACGAACUGGUCAGCUGAAACCACCAAACAAAAAACUUUACCUCGAAAAAGGCAGAUUAACUAAACUCACUACUGAGCCAGCUUAUGAAGACUUCGUGAACGCAGACAUGAUCUACGUCGAUUACGAAAAACUCCCAGAAGUGGUUCAACCUGGAGAUAAAAUCCUGCUCGACCGAGGAUCAGUUACUCUCACGGCUCUGGAAUGCGUUGAGAGCAUCGUUAAUUGCAUUGUAGAAAAAGCCGGAAUGCUCAUCAGUCACUCAUCGGUUAUAGUACCAAACGCUCCCAUCGAGUUGCCGCAAAUAUCAGCAAGUGAUAAGGAACUCAUCGAGUUAGCUAAAGGGGAGUGCGUCGACUUUUUAUGCGUUUCUGGAAUACAGGAUAAGGAGGGCAUCUUGACCGUCAAAGAUGUUUUGGGCCCAGGGGCAGAAAGUAUACAGAUCAUAUCGAAUAUUGAGACAGUCACAGCCAUUGAGAGCAUAGAAGGUAUAAUGGAAGUUGCUGAUGGGAUUUGCAUUGACUGCGAGAGGUUGAUGCUAGAGUUACCGAAAGAGAAACUGUUCUUGGUUCAAAAGUCCAUUUUGGCAAAGUGCAAUAUAGCAGGUAAACCAGUUAUAUCCACUGUUAACAUAAAUGACCCAAAAUCGGUCACCAAAUCAGAAUUCUCAGACAUAGCAAAUGUUAUCAUAGAUGGUACUGAUGCAUUACUCCUUUCACGGGAUUCUUCUACCAAAGAUGUCAUGUCGGCCAUCAAAUUCAUUUGUAAAGAAGCCGAACCCGCAGUUUAUCAGAAACAGAAAUCUAUUGAGCUAGCUCAAUCUAUCCCGUCGCCUAUGGAAGCCAUUUAUACUCUGGGAAUAUCUGCGGUGGGAUGUGCAUCGGCAACUAAUGCUGCGGCAAUAGUUUGCUUGACAUCAUCUGGGAGAACUGCCAAAGUAUUAGCAAGGUUCAGACCCAGAUGUCCAGUAAUAGUCAUCACUCGAUACCAGCGAGUAGCCAGACUACUUUCGAUCUACAAAGGUGUAGAAGCACUUCUGUACUUGAGGCCAUUUAUUGGUUCCUGGGAAGAAGAUGUCGAAAAGAGGGUCCAAUAUGGUAUUGCGUAUGGGAAGUAUAGCGGUUACAUCCGAAUGGGGGAUGCAGUCAUCACGGUUACGUCUUCUAGGCCCGAAUGUGGAUUGUCAAAUACCAUGAAAGUGGUGUAUGCGUCAGAAUUUGAUGCCCUACCAUUAGACAAACGUAAAAUCCAUAAAGUUUGUGUACAAGGGAAAAUAAAUAAGAACAUUGAUGAAGGGUACAUUAUAUUAGUAUAUGUAUCAAAUGAAUUGAAGAAACCGACCACCUUGACUCUGGGGCACGCGUGCUGUCCCAAAGUUGAACUGGUCGACCUCUACUUGUCGACUUCUUCUAUAUGUGACUCAGCCUUUGGCGAACUAAGUAAUAUACAUUCCAGCCAACACCACAUAGCGAUUCAAUGGCCCAUUGCUGGCACUAUUUUGUGGUGA